CCGGCGCUCGAGUCUUUGCCUAUCGGAGAAAUGAGAGGAAUAUUGAGAAUUGGACCGAGAAAUGUGUACACUGUACAGCGGUGAAUAGCCAAGAAGAUGACCACUCGGCUUUUACCAGACUUUUCCUUCGCACUGAGCUUAACGCUAAAAGCAGGGCCCUCUGGAGACUUACCAUUUAAUUAAAGCACGUUAGUAAUGGCACCCACAAUGGAGGGCACACACACUGUCCUGCAAUUGUACAAACCCAUCCGAGAGUUGAGCUACAUCAGUCUGUAUUUUCCAGCAGGGUGGCCCCGAGGGUAUCUGUAUAAAGGCGGGACCUCCCUUUGGGACCGGCCCUCUGAUUGUCAUGACCAAAAGGGGGAGGGGCCUACUAGGGUAAAACAGAGGCACCAAGCAGGAAAGAGCAUCAUUGUGGGCCUGAACUCUGGCAGGACAGCAAAGGGUUCUGUUUCAGAGCUCUGCUGGCUGGCAGCUGAACAUAGACAGUCAGCGGCCGAAUUCUUUGCUCUGUGUGCCGACUGUGCAGCCAGGGUCAAGAUGGGAAACCAGGAUGGCAAGCCAGAAGGCCUGCAGCCAGCAGGAGUUCCCCCCCACAGAGAAGUGCUGAGCAGCAGUAAUCUGCAACACUCCCUUACCCUCUCCCCAGACCACAGGAGGGGUGCCUCAAGAGGCCGUAAGCUCAAGAAAUUGGCAGUGAAGAAAACGGACAGUGAUGAGGGUCUUCAGAGUAAAAUCAAGAGGAAAGUGGAGAAAGCUGUCUCUGAAACCUCCCAGGGCUGCUCGGGGAUGACAGCAGAUGUCCAGAGGACUCCAGAAACUUCCACGUCUCCCCAGGGGAGCAGAUCUUGUACUAGUGUGGAGGAAAAGCUCCACGUUUCCAGCCAAAGUUGGGAAAUAAUGGAGAAGGGCCAAAACUUCGAGUCAGACAUGGACCUUUGCAGCGAGCUCUCAGAGUACGACAAUGAGCUCUACCUGGACUGUGCCGGCUCAUACAGCUUUCUGGAGGACGAGCAGGUCCACCUUCUGCAGGAGCAGAUGCUUAUUGGGGGCAACCUGCGUCCGACCAGGGAGAGCAUCACCUUGGCAAACAGCUCGUGCAGUACGUCAUCUCCCUGGCUGUGCAGUAAAACAAAUAGGAGGCGUGCCAGGGUCCAAGUGGUGGCUGACAUGCAGGAGUCAGGGGGCAUUGUCCAGCAGGUGAGCCACUCUUUGCUUGCACCUGUACUGAACCAGACAGAUUCUGGCAAGGCAUGUGACGUACCUCAGGCCUCCUUGGCACCAGCCCAGGGCUGCAGGGCUGCUUUGACUGUUUCCCCAGCCUCAGAUGAAGUGGUGAACAAGCUUCUUCACAGGGUGCAGCAGGCAGAUCAUAUGGAUGAGCGGGAGAAGUGGAGAGGCACACGAGGGCACCCUGAAGCAGGGAUGGGAAACACCCGGGGUCCCUCACUGCAAACACAGUUGCACCCUCCAUGCACAAGCCUUCAGUCAGGAAGGAAAAGCCCUUCUUCACCUUCCCUCUGCGAGGUUUUCAGCACCUGUUAUCCCACUACCAACAGCCUGCAGAGUAUGUCACCCAUCCCCUCUCCACUGUCCUCUAAGCUGCCCAGCCCCCAGCUCAACCAUCGGAUCCUGUUGUUGCCAGAGGAGGAAGGGGACCAUGGUACUGGUCAUGAGAAACAAACAGGAGGGCAUGUCCUGUGUGUGGAGGGCAGGGACCAGCCCAGGGUCACCACAGAGGUCAUUGACAAAAACGGCAACAAGAGGACCAUCACGCGACUUGACCUGAAUCUCACCCGGCAAGGCGGAAGUUCAAAACUGAACUUUUCCACAAGCCCCUCGCUGCCCUUUACUCCAGAGAACAGUUCCCUGAGGCAGGAUGAUAUAUGGCCACUGGAAGGAGAUGAGUCCAUAUCCCAGAGUAUCGAGGUCCUUCCCCGUGUCCCCAGACCAGACCACCUGGACUUCCUCAGAAUUACACCGCCGGAGGAUGACAUCAUCAGUGACACCCCUUACUAUCCUAACCUAGAGUUCACUUCUGAGGUGUCCUCUCCAGUGGAUGGAGAAGACCGCACUCCUGGCCGACUUCAAGCAGUUUGGCCCCCACCUAAGUCCAAAAAUGAGGAGGAGAAAGUAGGCCUUAGGUACACUGAAGCAGAGCACCAGGCAGCCCUCCUACAGCUGAAGAGAGAAUGCAAAGAAAAGGUGGAGAAGCUGCACGCUGAUUUUGAGCUCCAGAUCUUUGAGCUGCGAGGAGAGCAUGCAGCCUCGCUGUCCAAACUGGAGGCAGUCAUCGCCAGGAUGCAGAGAGAGCAGGCCAAUGGCACAGCACAGGAGCGUGGGGAGCUGCGCGAGGCCUGUGUCUCCACAGAGGAUGACAUUCUGCCUAAGACCUUCCGCAAUGUGUGCAUCCAGACAGACCGCGAGACCUUCAUCAAAACGCCCGAGGGGGAGAGCAGUCGGGCAGCCCAGAGUCCUGCCCAGAAUGUGCCUAAAAAGCUCAACAUGGGGUCCAUCAAUCUAAGCCUUGCAGGCAAAGCAGAGCCUGCAUCAGGACAGACCCAACCUCCACCCCCACCUCCACCUCCACUGCCUGGCCAAUCAGGACCACCUCCUCCUCCGCUGCCACCACUUCCCCCAUUACUGGACUCCAUGAUCCCUCCUCCACCUCCUCUACCUGCUGGUGUGGGCAUUCCCCCUCCCCCUCCCCCUCCCCUUCCUGGUGUGAGUGGACCUCCUCCUCCUCCUCCACCUCCUCCUCCUUUAGCUGGAACAGGGCCCCCACCUCCCCCACCCAUGCCUGGAAGUGGUCCCCCACCGCCCCCACCCAUACCUGGGUGUGGCCCUCCACCUCCUCCACUAUCCGGCAGUACAUUUGCCUUCAGCCAAUCAGUGGAGAGGGCACCACGCAAGCCAGCAGUGGAGCCUACAUGUCCCAUGAAGCCCUUGUAUUGGACCAGAAUUCAGAUCCACGACAACAACAACAACACCCUCUGGGGGUCUCUGGAAGAGCCGAACAUCAUGAACACCAAGGAGUUUGAAGAACUGUUCUCCAAGGCCACACUGCAGCCCAAGAAGAAGCCUCUGUCUGAUGCCUAUGAAAAGAAAGCUAAAGCAAAGAAGAUCGUCAAACUGCUGGAUGGGAAACGCUCGCAGGCUGUGGGAAUCCUCAUUUCCAGUCUACAUUUGGAAAUGAAGGACAUUCAGCAAGCUGUUUUGACUGUGGACCAUUCCGUGGUGGACUUGGAGACGAUCGAGGCUUUAUAUGAAAAUCGAGCUCAGAGCGACGAGCUGGAGAAGAUCAGGAAGUACUACGAGAUCUCUAAGGAGGAUGAGGUCAAGCUGCUAGACAAGCCUGAACAGUUCCUCUAUGAGCUCUCCCAGAUUCCAGAUUUCGCAGGCCGAGCUCACUGCAUCAUAUUCCAGUCUGUCUUCUUUGAUGGCAUAUCCUCCGUGCGACGUAAAGUGGACAUUGUCUCACGUGUGUGCAAGGGCCUUCUGGAACGCACCAGUGUGAAGGACAUGAUGGGCCUGGUGCUGGCCUUUGGAAACUACAUGAACGGGGGGAACCGCACCCGGGGCCAGGCUGACGGAUUUGGCCUGGAGAUCUUACCUAAGCUGAAAGAUGUCAAGAGCAGAGACAACCGCAUCAGUCUCGUGGAUUAUGUGGUCUCCUACUAUCUGCGCAACUUUGACAAGCAUGCCGGGACUGACAAGAGUGAAUUCCCCCUACCGGAGCCCCAGGAUUUCUUCCUUGCUGCACAGGUCAAGUUUGACGACCUCACGAAGGACAUGAGGAAGCUGAAGAAGGACUUAACUGCUUGCGAAAAGGACAUUCAGAAGGUGUGUGCCAGUUCCUCAGAGGAACACCUUCAGCCUUUCAAGGAGAAAAUGGAGGCUUUUCUCACAACCGCUCAAAAAGAAUACCGUGUGGAAGAUGAUCGCCUUCAAGCAGCACAAAAAAGUUUCCAAGACAUGGUGGUCUACUUUGGCCAGAAGCCAAAGUCUGGGGAAAAUGAGGUGAUGCCUGCCUAUGUCUUCAUGCUGUGGUACGAGUUCUGCAAUGACUUCAAGAACACAUGGAAGCGGGAGAGUAAGAACAUUUCCAAGGAAAGGAUUAAAGAGGCUCAGGACACAGUGGACAGAUUGACGGCUGAAAAGAAGGUGGAGACCAAGAAGAUCAACCCCAACAGUCUGAAGGAACGACUGCGCCAGAAGCAAGCAGGCAUGUCUUCCAGCUGAGCAAGAAGGAAAGAAAUCAGGACUGAUGGAAGGAGAACAUGAGAUGACAUGAUUGACCUCCUGUGUUGCCAGCAUUGCCCACCCACUACCCAGCACCCACCCCCCACCCCCCCAAACGGUGCCAUACCUCAUCAUUCCAUCUGCUCACCACAUAGACUCCUAUCACGUGACCUUCAUGCUCCACCAGAAGGGUUCCUCUGUGUGAAAGCACUGGGCUAUGGAUGCUGGCUUCUCUACAUGGUGUCACCAAAAAAAUUUCAGCAGGAACCCAGAGGUACAGGAGAGAUACAGAAGUACUAGAAGCCUAGUGGUCCAGAGGCACCACGAAGCCAAAGAGGGAGCUGAAGAAAGGCGUGGGUGCGGGAUAUGUCUUAACUAAAGAGUGUUGGUGUCCAUGUUUUCAGAAAACACCAUGGUACCGAAAUCCCAUUAAAUCUCCUUUGCAUUAAAAGGUCCAAAUACUGUAUGUAGCAUACAAAGUUCAAAAUGUUCAUUUUCUCAGUCAGCAAACACAUAUUGCAAUUAGUGAUAAGAUGGAAGCUUUCUAGAUGAGUUGCUGAUAUGGAAAAAAACACCAGACAUACACUUGAGCGAUUACUUGUGUGUGUUUAUUCAUUGACCUGAUGCUUUUCUCCUAAGCAGC